AACUUCCAUGUGCCACUUCAUCGAGGAGACUAUUUCCCCGACUCAGCUGUCCACAAUUAUCCAACUCCAUAUAUUAGAACAACUAAUAUGGUGCCAACAGGCUAUCCAUGGCGACCACCAGCACCAGCCGCUGUCAUGGACCUACCGCCACCACCACCGUAUCCAGCCGGACGCAAAGCGCCAAUGGUGAUGUGA